AUGAACGCCAUGCUCUAUGCUGCUUGGCUGUCAGCCUUGCUGGUCCUAUUGUCCCCUCUGAGCCAUGGCAUUGAUGAGGUCAAGCCCCAACAUGAUGGCAGAUUAGAUAAAGUGGACGUCCUGCACAAUGGCAGCGUUCAAGUCUCAGGCACAUACGAGGCAGUGGACAUCAAUAAGGCAGCUGCUCAAGCGAUGCCUGACAAGGAGGAGCUCCAGGACCUCCUGCACUGGGCAAUCAAGCACAGUGAUCCCAAGGUCCUGAAGGAGGCUGCCAGUGGCAAGGUACCUCAGGACGCCGCAGAGCGCAAGAAAGAGGUGGAGGAGGCGAUUGAGUACCUGCGAAAGGAACCUGGAGAAGCAGAGUUGAUGAAGGCCGCAACAAAUAUAAUCAAUGAUGCUGUGUCGGGCGAGGAUGCCCGCCUGCAGGCCUUCGAGGCGCUGUCAUACCUGCUGGAGCCAGUCGACAACGCCAAUGAUCUGCACAAGAUGGGCGGCUUCGAGAUGCUGCAGGGCGCCUUGGGCGAGCACAACUCGCGGCCGCUGAGGGCCGCAGCUGCAAAUGCGCUGGCCGUGGCAGCAUCCAACAACGAGGAGUUCCAGCAGCGGCUGUGGGACUUGUGCGGCCAGGACAUGCUGGAAAAGUUGUUGCAGGUGAUCAAGCUGGAUGCCAGGGACGACACAGCGAGCAAGGGGCUGUACGCGCUGAGCAAGCUGCUGGGGAACCAAAAAUUCCGGCGCGCUUUUCUGGAGUCGGGCGGGGUGGCCACGUUGCAGCGGCUGCUGGCAGGGCACAACACGCCCCCAAACGUGCGCCGCAAGGCCCUCGCCAUGAUCGCUGACCUGGCGCACCACCAGGACACAGCGCAGCAUUUGUAUGCGCUGCCGGAGCGGGGCAGAACGCUGCUGAGGGAGAUUGAGCAGCAGCUGAGCGCGGAUGACUGGGACCUGACUGAGAAGGCGCUGCUCGCACUGAAAGCCCUCAUGCACAUGCCGGGCGCCUCACAACUCUUCCAGGGCGCGGACCCGACAAACAGGCUGCAGGCACUGAUGAAGGCAGCAGCAGGCGACUCAGCAAAGCAUGCAGAGUACAUGGAAGAUGUGCAGAAACUGAUAGAGGAGGUGCACAGCAUGCGGCAAGCCAUGCAGAGCAGCAGCAGCAGGAAUGGGCAUUCACAUGACAGCGAGGCGGGAGGCCAGAAGAACGAGCUGUGA